AUGCAGCCUCGAGAAACCUUACCAUAACAAAGAGCUUCGGCAAAAUAAUAGGAUUUUAAAAAAUAUAAAAGCUAUAGAUUCACAAUCUCGAAUCAAAUGAUGAAGCGUAACCCGACGAAAUUUUUAUAAGAGAUGAAGAGUCUCAAACAAAAUAUUUAAUAAAGUACUUUGAGAAGUUUAAAAAAUUUUCAACCUUACGAAAAUAAAGAAGAUAAUUCAUCAGAUUCUAGUGAUUAUAAUAAUGUUGAUGAGAAGCCUGAUCCUUUAGAAGGCAAAAUAGGAGUACCUAAUUUGAGUUUUAAAGAAGGCUUUUUGAUUACACUUGAAUAAUAAGAACAAUAAACACAUAAUUCUUCUGAUAAAAAUAGCUCCAAGGGUGGAUAAAAGUAUAUGUUAAAGAAUAUAAAAAAAUUAUAUGGUGAUUAAAGUUCAAUGAGUGAUGUUAAUUCUUAAGAACAAUUACUGGAUAGAAGACAUGAUAAUUUCCCUCUUAAUGAUUAAAUCGAAGAAUUAGAAGUCUAACAUGUUGAACCAGUGGAUUAAUUUUGUGAAGAUCUUACUCCAAGAAUAUUGAAGAAGUAUUAAAAGUAUAAAGAACGAAAUCCAUUUGAAGAUCCUUAUUAUGUAGUUUUGACUCCUCUUCAUGGAUUAGAAAGGUUAAAGCAUGAAUUAAAAGUAAUUAAAUUGGUUUAGUUUAGAAUUACAAUGAUCAUCUCAAUUUCCUGAAACUUAGAAAAUUCAUUGUUUAUUUAUGUUUGUGUAUACCAAUGUAUUUCUAGAAAAUAGUAGAUAGCUACUUUUUUAAAAUUAUAAAUGGUAUUUGGAUUAUUUGUAAUCUAACUCUAUUCACUUUAAGUAAUUCCAAUCCUCCAAUCACAAAGGAAUAGUACAAAUAAUUUAUUUUUUAUUGUUUUACUAUUGAAAUAUUUAUAAGGAUCUUAGCUGCUGGAGGUAUUUAUCCAACUAUUCAUUUUUUGUACAAUAAAGAAGACAUUUUUAAUCUAUCUUGUACACUAAUUAGUUUUCUUCAUUACUUUUAUCCAACUUUUAUUCCUUUCGAUCCUACACCACUAAGAAUAAUUACAAUCUUAUUAUAUUUAGGAGAUGGCUUAUUAAGAUUAAAAUAUAUGUUGAUAGCUUUAAAAAAAUCAUUAGUAUUUUUAGCUGAAGCACUCUUUAUUCUUUUGAUUUCUGCUUUAUUCUUUUCUAUUAUUGGAGUAUCUUUAUUCUAAGGAUUAUUUAAUUAUAGAUGUUAACCAAUAAAUGGAGAUCCAAUAGAGGAUUGGAUUCAGUGUUAUUAAAAUAGUUGUCCUGAAGGAAUGUAAUGUAUACUUUCAGAAGAAACUCCUAAGUUGCCAACUUCAUUUAAUAAUAUAUUUUUUUCACUUGGAUAAAUUUUAAGAACAAUAACAAUGGAUGAUUGGAGUUGGGUUAUGUUUUUUACUAUGAGAAUAUUUCAUCCUUGGAUUUGGAUCUAUUAUUUAUUAAUUAUAUUUGUUUGUGGAUUUUUUUCAAUCAAUUUGAUGAUUGCUGUUCUAAAAAUUCAUUAUUCAGAAGCAACUAUAGAAUGUGAAGAAUUUGAAAAGUUAGCUUAGCAAAAAAAUGAUCAUAGUUUAUAAAGAUAAGAGAUGUUCUUAAGUAAGGAUGUUAUUUCUUAUUUUGAUUUAUCAUUUUUGCGUUAUAUAGGUUUUUAUACUGUGUUAAAAUAACAUAGGCACUUGAUAAGUACAAAAAAACCUUUAAAUGAAUUAAUUGAAGACGAUUUUAAACCAGAAAAAACUAAUCAAUAAUUAAGAAUGCUAUCCUCUAAAUAAAAGAAGAUUUUAGAUGAAGCAAAAACAGUAUUUUCAAUUUUAUAUUUAUUAUAGAAACUUAAUUAAAAUUCUAUUUGGAAUAAGUUUAAGAAUUUUUCACUUAAAAAUCAACUAUUGCCUAAGUUUAAGGAACUUAAAAAAGAAUAAAGUCUAGUAAAUAUUAAAUUAUAUUCUGAUGAUCCUAUUGAGAUUUCCAUUUUAUUGAAAAUAAUAGAAUAUAAUUUUACUUAAUUAAACAAUUCUGUAAAUUAUCAUGUGGAUUAGAAAUAUAACAGUUUAAAGGAUGUCUUUGUAUAGAAGAAAAGGUAUUUAUGAGCUAAUUUGCUAGAAUUGGACAUAAAGAAAAAAUUAAAAUGUAUUAUCAACAUUUUUUAUCAGCAAAGAAUUUAAAAUCAACUAUGAGGCAAUAAUCUGAUUUUUCAAUUAAUAGAUACCCAAUCCAUAAGAGUACAAGAAGAAUAACUAUUUUAAGAACUUUAAGUAAAAAAGAUGAUAGUCUAGAUGUUGCCUCUCCUUAAAUUAGGAGAAAAAAUAAUGAGAUAUAAUCAAUAAUCAAUGUGAAAGCAAAAACUUAAAGAUCUAAUCCCUUUGAAAUAAUAAAUAAAGGCCGAAAAUUUAUUUUAAUUUAAGGAUAUUAUGUUGAUUAUGAUUUGGUAAAGGAUAAAAUUAAUAUGAAAAUACCAAAAUUAAAACAAGAGUUGGAAUCUAAUGAAGAGGUUUAUUAAUAAAUAUUUGAGAAAGAGAGAGAAUAAAAAAUUAUAAAAACUAAAAAUUGGUCAGGUAAUAAUGUAUUACUAAUGAAUCCUAAUCGCUUUUAGAUGUUUGAUGAAAUAUUCAAUAGUUUAAAUAAUUUUAAUAAAUUGAUAUGGAUGCCAACAAUAGGAGGGAAACUAUUAAUAUUAAGAAGAUAUACUCUUAUACUAAUAGAUAAUUAAGUCAAUUAAUUAUUUUUUGAUUUGAUUAUAUUGAUAAAUUUUAUUUUCCUAUCUUUAUAUGGAAUUGCUGAUCCAAUUAUUAUAUCAAAAUGUGAAGAUACCUCAACUCUUUUUUUGUUGGUUGAAAUAAGUUUACAAAUGUUUACAUAUCCAUUGCAAAGGUUUUUCUCAAGCAAGGAAAAUAUAUUAUAAGCAAUAAUAAUGAUAGCAAGUUUUAUAGAGUUUAGUUUUAGUGAUUAUUUAAAUUUAACAGAAUAAGAUUUGAGAUUGAUAAGAGGUACAAAAUGCAUUCUCUUUUAUAGAUGUUUAAAAUACAAUUAGAUGGCAGUAUUGAUAGGUAAGAUUGCAUCAAUAACAUUUAAGUAAUAUAUUUACUUAACAAUUUUCAUGUUUAUAAUUAUUACUAUAUACGCCAUGAUUGGAAUGGAUUUAUAUGCAGGUAAUUUAGAUUAAAAUGAUUCUUUGGGUUAAUUGCAUUCAUUUGAUAAUUUAUUGAAAGCAAUGAUGACGAUUUUUAAUAUAAUGACAAAUGAUGAUUGGUAUGGAGUAUAUGUCAUUGGUUCAGAAAUUAAUACUGUUGCUGCUACUAUAUACUCAUUUUCUAUGGUGAUAAUAUUAAAUUAUUUGACAUAUGGAUUAGUUUUAGCGAUAUUGCUUGAUGGAUUUGGGAGAUAUUUGGAUGAAAAAGAUGAAGCUGAUUAGAGUGAUAAAUAAAUUUUAGAACAUUAAAUGACAUGCUCAGAAGAUGCAGAUUUAUUUAAUGCAGAAAUUGAUUCUAGUAGAUAAUUUAAAGUUAAGUCACAAUUUUUAUCAUAAGCUCAAAUUUGUGAAUUAGAAGAAAAAGAAUAACCAAAAAUAAAAGCUGAUUUAAUGGAAAGUCUUUUGAUAUCUUUAAGUAUUAUUAUAUUAGUAUAUUAGAGUAAUUAAAUAAGUAAGUAAUGAAAUAAAAUCCAAAAUUAUUUUAAGAUAUUUAAUGUGAAACAUCUCUCUAUUUGUUUGAAAAAACAAGUAAAAUAAGAAUAAUAUGUUGUAAUUUGUGUACAUCUUUAGCAUUUUAUUGGUUUACAAAUUUAGUUUUAAUUUGUUCAAUAUUUGUAAUGAUAAUUGGCACUUAUCAUGAUUAUGAAUUAGAGAGGAGUUAAUAUCCAUAUAUAUUAUUGAUGAUUUUGAAUUUUUUUAUGUUAUUAGAAGAUGUUAUUUGUAUAAUUGCAAAGGGUUUAUGUUUAGAUAAAGGAUCACAUAUAAACUAUUCGUGGUAAUUGAUUGAUUUAAUUUAUCUACUUGGCUUUUUUAUUAAUAGUGAUUAGUAAAAUCCAAUAAUAAAAAUAUGUUUAUUUCUUGGUCAUUUUAGACCAAUGAAAUUGAUGUAUAGAAUUAAAUGGUUAGAUAAGAUAAGAGCAGCAUUGGCAUAAUCACUUUUUGAUAUGUUAAAGAUAUUAUUAACUUUAGUAUCAGUAUGGAUUAUGUUUGGAGUAUUUGGAAUCAUUUUAUAUGAAAGCUAAUUUGGAUUUUGCAAUGAUAAAAUGUCAUUUGAUAUUAAUAAAAAUGAAUGUAUAGAAUCUAAUGGAAAUUGGAUUAAUUACAAACACAAUUUUGAUAAUAUUACAAUUGCAUUACCAACCUUAUUUGUAGUAUCAACUUUUGAUGGUUGGGGUGAAAUAAUGUAAGUAGCAGAAAACAGUAGACAAAGUAGAUUUGGACCAUAUCCAUUUGCUACUUAUAUUUCUACUUAUGCUUAUUUCAUAUCUUUUUGUUUUGUAGGAUCUAUGUUCUUUUUAAGUUUUUUUACUGGAACUCUCUUUUCUAAAUUAAGAAUCAAUUAAUAGAAGAUAGAAAUGUAGGAUAUUACUAAAUUUCAGAGAGAAUUUACAGAAAUUGCUCCAAUUAUUCUCAAAGAUAUUCCAGUUUUUUCAACUCCUCCAACUAAUGUAUUGAGAAGAUUAGCCUCUUUUAUUGUUAGUAACACUCUAUUUUAGAAAUUUAUGUUUCUAAUGUUAUUAAUAGAUUUGAUUUGUCAAUUGUAAUAUUAAUAUGAUAUGGAUGUUGAAUACAUCACAAAUAUUAAUAUAAUUUAAAGGUUUAUCAUAUUCUUUUAUGCAUUAUGGAUUGGUCUUCUGUUUAUGUCAUUAGGUAUUAAUAGAUAUUUUGACAAUAAUUGGAGAAGAUAUUAUACAGUUCUUAUUGUUAUAUCUCUUUGUGAUUUAAUUGCAGAUUUACAAAAUGGUUGGGUAAUUGAAUAUUUUUAAUCAAAUGUAUUUACUCCAAAUUAUCAAUUAUUGAGAGUAGCGUUUAUGACUAGACAAUUACGUCUUUUAGUAAUAUUUCAAGGAUUAACAAACUUAUCAAGAUUGAUAAGAGUGAUGGGUUUUGCUAUUCCUUUUUUAGCUAAAAUAAUAUCAAUUCUUAUAAUCACUAUGAUUAUUUAUGCAUUAAUUGGAUGUUAAUUAUUUGGUAAAAUAAUCGAUGGUGCAGUGAUUGAUGAUUACAUUAAUUUUACUAAUUUUGAAUAUGCUUUAUUAGCAUUGUAUAAAUGUGCUUCAGGAGAUGAUUUUAGAACUAUAAUGACAGAUACAAUGCAUCAUAAUCCAUCUUGUCCAGAGAAUCCUGAUUGUUGUGGUUCAGAUUUCAGUUAAAUCUAUUUUAUAACAUUUAUGCUAUUUUCAAAUUAUGUUCUUUUGAAUUUGUUUAUUUUAGGUUUAAUUGAAUAAUUUGAGGAAUUCUUCUAAGUUCAAAAUUCGAUGAUUUAAACUUAUGUUGAAGAAAUAGAUAAGAUUAAAACUGCUUGGUGUAAAUACUCAGCUGAAACUAAUGGUUAAAGUAUGCAUUAUAAAUUUCUUUGUCGAUUCUUACUUGAUAUUGGUUAACCAUUAGGAGGAGGAAAAGAUGAUAAUUUAUGGGAUGCAGCUAAAAUAGCAUCCAAAUUUAAUUUAAGAUGGUAUUAUUUUAUAAUUAAAUAGUGAUGCUUGUGGGUAUAUUCAAUAUAAUCAAUUAUUAUAUUAACUAUUUAGAAGAUGUUAUCAUGAAGAAGUAUUCAAAGAUGGAUCAUAAGAAUCUAUACAGAAUAUGAAAUAAUUCAAUAAAGAAAUGCAAAUACGUUUAAUUUACUAUAGAAGAAGUAAGAAUUAACCUAGAACUAAUAUAAGUAAAUAAACUUUAUAAUUUAAAUCUAAUUUCAACAUUCUCCAUGAUUAUUUGAAUGUUUUAAUUUUAUUUAAAACUUGGUAAUCAUACUCUUAAUUGUUGAUUGAAAAAAUAAUUAGUAGAGAAGUCGAUUAUACAGAAAGUGAUGAAAUUACAUUAGAUGGCAAUAUCUAAAAUAAUCCUUAAUAGUAUUUUUUUUUUCUUCUAUUUUAUUUUAGUUGGUAAUAAGUUCAAAAUGAUUUCAUAAAUGAUGGCUUCAGUUCUAGAAGAAGAACAACAGAUAUUAAAUUAUGUGAAGAGGAAUUUACUGGUCAUCAUGUAACACCAUAAAGUCAAGGAUCUUUAAGAGAACCUUAAUUACCUAUAUAUUAGACUACUCUUUAAUAAGAAACUGAUAGAAUAUUUGGAGGCUUUGAUGAAAAUGUUAUUUUAGAUUGCAAAGAAUUAAAAUUAAAAAAUUGA